AUGUCGCCCGUGUAUCAAGCUACCGCCUCCGCGCCUGUAAACAUCGCCGUUAUCAAAUACUGGGGCAAACGCGACACUAAGCUCAUCUUGCCCACCAAUUCGUCGUUGUCGGUUACCCUCGACCAGGAUCACCUCCGAUCCACGACGACAUCGCGUGCCGAUGCCAGCUUUGAGCGCGAUCAGCUAUGGUUAAACGGAAAGGAGGACGAGAUCAAGCCAGGGAGCAGGCUCGCGACAUGCAUCUCCGAGAUGAAGCGUCUUCGCAAGGAGGUUGUUGAGGAUAAGAACCUAGCAGAGCCAAAGAUCUCACAAUACAACGUGCACAUCGCGUCGUACAACAACUUCCCCACCGCUGCCGGACUCGCAUCCUCCGCGUCCGGGUUCGCCGCGCUCGUCGCAUCGCUCGCGCACCUCUACGCCUUACCCGUCUCCCCGUCCACCCUCUCCCUGAUCGCGCGGCAGGGAUCCGGGUCCGCCUGCCGGUCUCUCUUCGGAGGCUUCGUAGCCUGGCAGAUGGGCUCCGACGCCGCCGGGACCGACUCGCUCGCCGUGCAGGUCGCCCCGCAGGAACACUGGCCACAGAUGCAGGCCCUCAUUUGCGUGGUCUCGGACGACAAGAAGGGCACAUCCUCGACGAGCGGCAUGCAACGUACCGUGGAGACCUCGCCACUCCUCCAGCACCGCAUCAAGUACGUCGUCCCCGAGCGGAUGGAGCGCAUUUCGAAGGCGAUCCUCGAGCGCGACUUUGACACGUUUGCGACGAUCACGAUGGCCGACUCGAACCAGUUUCACGCCGUCGCGCUCGACACGGAGCCGCCCAUCUUCUACAUGAACGACGUCAGUCGCGCGAUUAUCGCCCUGAUCGUUGAGUACAACCGUCUCUCCAUUGCGAAUGGCGGUGGGUAUAAGGCAGCUUAUACGUACGAUGCGGGCCCGAACGCGGUCAUCUACGCGCUGGAGGAGAACAUUAAGGAGAUCGCGCAGCUUAUCGUGUCGUACUUCCCUCAGAAACCUGGCGAGUUCAAGGAUGUGUUGGGGCUUUUUGGAGCGGGUGCAGCUGAUGUCAAUGUGCAUGCGAAGGUCCCUGUAGGAUUCAACGAGGCUGUGGCGAAGAAGUUCGAAGUUGGGGCUGUCAAAGGCCUCAUCCAUACCCGUGUCGGCGAUGGACCCAGGAAGCUAGGCGACGAGGAAUCCCUUCUGGCAGAGAGUGGGGUGCCGAAAACGUUGGCGUAA